AUGUUGUCACUCUGGAUUGCAUUUCUUCUGGGCACAUCAUGUCUACUUCUCCCCUCACUGUCUGAGCCUGACAACCUAAAGGUGAAACAGAGAGCCCUUCGCCAGAAAGACCUGGAAAUCAUAGACAGAUACAAUGGAUUGUGCAUGCAAGGCAGUAUGGGCCCUUCUGGGCGAGAUGGUACUCCAGGAGUUAAUGGAAUUCCCGGAACACCUGGCAUUCCGGGACGUGAUGGGGCAAGAGGUGAGAAAGGAGAAUGUAUGAGAGAGAGCCUAGUGGAGCCCUGGACCCCUAACUACAAGCAGUGCGCCUGGAGUGCCCUCAACUACGGCAUAGACCUGGGCAAAAUCGCAGAAUGUACUUUCACGAAGAUGCGCACACAAAGUGCCCUGAGAGUUGUGUUCAGCGGCUCUCUGCGCCUGAAAUGUAAGACCGCCUGUUGCCAGCGCUGGUACUUCACCUUCAAUGGAGCCGAGUGUUCUGGACCCCUUCCCAUCGAGGCCAUUAUAUAUCUGGACCAAGGCAGUGUCGAGUUCAACUCUACCAUAAACAUCCACCGCACUUCUACAGUGGAAGGUCUGUGUGAAGGGAUCAGCUCAGGUCUGGUGGAUGUUGCAGUCUGGGUGGGGACGUGCGCAGAUUACCCCAGAGGGGAUGCCUCCACUGGAUGGAACUCUGUAUCUCGGAUCAUUAUCGAGGAGCUGCCGAAAUGA